AAUUAUUGGCAAAAAGCAGCGAGAAGCAGCAUGUAGUGCAGUGCGCUGCUGUAGACGCCCGGCCUGUAGGCGGCGCUGCGGCGAGUCUCUCGCAUCAAAUACUGCGGUAAAGAUCCGUGAAGAGCGCUGCUUGUGGAUACAUGAUGGCGCAAAAAAGAUCGUUUGAAGCGGACAGUAAAUAUGCUGAUCGAGAUGUCGAUCAGGACCGCAUAGGAUCAGCUCUCGAUGCUUCCCAGACUUCAACUUCAUCCUCAUCUUCCUCAUCAAUGAAGAGACAUUGGGACGGGGAUGAUGAAGAUCCCUCUCCCAGGAAGAAGCAGGUCACAGAGGAAUCGUUUCACAGUCAGAAAGUGGCCACACAUUACAACAAACUCCAGGAGCGUGGCCUGGCAGAGCGCAAUAAAAGCAGGAUAGUCCACAUGCGCAACUUCAACAACUGGUUGAAGAGUGUCCUCAUAGCGGAGAUCUUGGACAAGGUGAAGGAAAAACGGAGAGAGGUGACUGUGCUGGACUUGGGCUGUGGAAAAGGAGGAGACCUUCUCAAAUGGAAAAAAGGACGUAUUGAUAAACUUGUGUGUGCAGAUAUCGCUGCUGUGUCCAUCGAGCAGUGUCAGCAGCGCUAUAAUGACAUGAGACGGAGGGGUCACCCGAACGACCGCACGUACUCCGCCGAGUUCAUCACCGCAGACUGCGGCAGGGAGCUGCUGUCUGAGAAGUUGAGAGACCCUGAGCUGCGGUUUGACGUGUGCAGCUGUCAGUUUGUGUAUCAUUAUUCCUUUGAGAGCAAGCAGCAGGCUGACACCAUGCUGAGAAACGCCUGUGAGAGACUCCGGCCGGGAGGAUUCUUCAUCGGAACCACUCCAGAUGCAUAUGAGAUGGUCAAGCGUUUGGAGGCGUCGGACUCCAACAGCUUUGGAAAUGAAGUGUUCAGGGUGACCUUCCAGAAGAAGGGAGAAUACCCUCUGUUCGGCUGUCAGUAUGACUUCAGUCUGGAGGGUGUCGUCAACGUCCCAGAGUUUCUGGUGUAUUUCCCCCUGUUUGAGGAAAUGGCGAAAAAAUACAACAUGCGUCUGGUUUACAAGAAAACUUUCAAAGAAUUCUUUGAAGAGAAAGUUAAAGAUGAGAAGAAUAAGGUUCUGAUGCAGUGGAUGCAGGCGCUGGAGCAAUACCCUCCGGACGAGAGGGUCCGACUGGCGUCUGACAGUCCGGGGGAGUAUGAACACGCCAAGAGAAUCGCUGCCAAUCCUGCUGCGAGACGUCCACUGGGAACCUUGAGCAAGUCUGAGUGGGAGGCUACAAGCAUAUACCUGGUGUAUGUGUUUGAGAAAAUGUCAUGAGUCCGACGGAUUCUCCAUCGAGCUGUUUUAUCCGGACGAGUGAGCCAAAGAUACGGAGUCUCAUUGUCAUUCAUCAGGUUCCCAGAAUCCUGCUGAGCAUGUCCAUUUCACAAACUCAAAUAUUUUUUUUCACAACCGGAGCUUUUCAUUCACAAGUGUGUGUGUGUGUGUGUGUGUGUGUGUGUGUGUGUGUGUGUGUGUGUGUGUGUGUGUGUGUGUGUGUGUGUGUGUGUGUGUGUGUGUGUGUGUGUGUGUGUGUGUGUGUGUGUGUGUGUGUGUUUUGGUGUACACAAUGCACAUGAUCAAUAUUCUGUCUGAUACUGUAUUUCUGUUUAUCUGUCAUGGCUCACCUGCUACCCUCUCUCUUGAAGUCAAGCAAUCUAAUAACCCUGUAGAGCUUACAGUCAUACGCUCCCUUUGGGUUUGACCUCGAUAGUAAUCCACCCUUCCCUUCAGGCUUGACUGAAAUCUGUUUUGGAUUCUUUUCUUUUCUGUAUUCAUCUGUGAAAGGUUGGUUGGUAUUGUUUAAUGUGUGAUGGGGCUGUUUUCUGACAGUAAGACAUGCAGAACUUUAAUUAAUUCAUUCAAGUUGACAAAUCCAUAAUCUCUUUUUUUUUUUCUUUUUUUUUUAUGUACCUGUCAUUUAAGUAAUGAUGUAUAAUGUUUUCUCUCUUAGUGUUGUCUUUGAACGUCAGGAAGGAUGUGGUGUUCAGUCUGAUUUCUGUAUGUAGAGCAGUGUUGCUGGUUUUGCAGUUUGUCAGGCAAUUCAAACCUGCUUUAGGAAUAUUAAACCUUGAGUUUGUCAGUUGAA